AUGCGUGCUCCGUCUGCCAUCCUCGCUGCCCUCGCCGCGCUCUCGGUCGCCACCGACGCGGCCUCGCUCCGCGCUGCUGGCAACGGCACGAACGUCAACCCCGAGAUCGUCGGCGGUGUUGAAGCCGCCGUUGGCAAGCACUUGUACCUUGCUGGCUUGCGUGAGACCGCGGCCGGUAGCACGUUCUGCGGCGGUGCCCUCAUCGCCCCCAAGUACGUUCUCACGGCCGGCCACUGCAUUGAAACCGACGCUUUUACGGCCAACUACGUCGCCCUCGGGACGCACUUCGCCAGUGGCAGCGCGGAUGGCGAGCGCAUCCGUGUCACGCGCCGCAUCGUCCACCCCGACUACGUUUCGGUUGAAGGGACGCCGUUCAACGACUGGGCCAUCCUCGAGCUCGAGACGGCAGCCAAGACCAAGCCGAUCAAGGUCAAGUUCGACGACAAUGCCGUCGGCACUGUCGCGACUGUGCGUGGUUGGGGCAGCACGCGCUCGGGCGGUUCGGGCUCCAACGUCCUCAAGGAGGUCUCAGUCAAGAUCUGGGACAACGCCAAGUGUGACAAGGCCAUCCAGCAGACCAGCCAGGGCGCGGCCCAGCACGUCACCGACACGAUGGUCUGUGCGGGCGGCGUUCGCGGCCAGGACUCGUGCCAGGGCGACUCGGGUGGUCCGUUCACGGUCAAGGGUGCCAACGGCGAGGACGUCAUCACGGGUGUCGUCAGCUGGGGCUACGGCUGCGCUCUCCAGAACACACCGGGCGUGUACGCGCGUUUGUCCAAGGCUCAGGAUUUCAUUUCGCCGUACCUCUCGGCGUAAGCUGCGUCGCUGCCUUGUUGUUGACAAGUGCCUUCCACACAGAGUCACUUGUAAACAUGUGCAUGGGUCAACCCGUGACAUGUAAAUGAAGUCUUGAUGCAUGUACAA